AUGCAGGCACUCCUGCUCUUGUUGGCCUUUCUUCUGCACCACAAGCCUGGGACAGGAAUCAUCAUGAGAGGACAUGAGGGCAAGCCCCACUCAUACCCCUACAUGACUGUGAUUCAGGUUCUGGGUGAGGAGAAGCCCAAGAGGUGCGGCAGCAUCCUCGUGAGAAAGGACUUUGUUUUGAUGGCCGCUCACUGCAGGGGAAGCUCCAUCAGCAUGACCCUGGGAGUCAACAACUUCCAGAAGCGAGAGAGGACCCAGCAGGUCAUCCCCAUGAAAGAAGUCAUCUACCACCCAGACUUUAUUUGUGAGAAGUUCUCCAAUGACAUCAUGUUAAUAAAACUGGAGAGAAAGACCAAGUGGACUGCAGCUGUGAGGCCCCUCAUCCUGCCCAGAGGCAAGGCCCAGGUGAGGCCUGAACAGGUGUGCAGUGUGGUCUACUUGGGGCAACACUCAAUGGACACUUUAACAACUACUCUGCAGGAGGUGGAUCUGACCGUGCAGAAGGAUCAGGAGUGUGAAUCCCUAUUCCUCGACUAUUAUAGUGGGGCCACUCAGACUUGUCCUUUCCACAGUCACCAAGCUGAAACCUACACUGCAGGUUCCGAGAGCACAGAGAUAAGUACUGAAUGCUUCAUUCCAGGGAAGAUCAUUGGGGGCCAAGAGCUGGAGAAUAGAGCCACUGAACCCAGUCGUGAGGCCAGUGCUCUGCCUCGGAACCAGACAAGGCCAAGUCCUGCAGCCAAGUGCAUCAUGGCGGGCUGUGACCUGAUUUUCCCGUGUGGAAUUUGUGUGGGGAACCCAAGGAAGAGGAAGUCCACCUUCCUGGGGGACACUGGAGGUCUCCUGGUGUGUCACCAUGAGGCCCAGGGCAUCAUCUCCUAUGGAAAUAGGAUGGGGACUCCUCCAGCAGUCUUCAUCAGGGUUUCCAGCUUCCUGCCCUGGAUAAUGAGAACCAUGAGAAGCUUCAAAGACUGGCUUCAGACUAAGACCCCGCCUUUGAGUGACUCUUCUUUGGGACAGAGGCCAGCUGUGGGGGUUUUGCCAGAGCCUUAA